ACGGAUACAACAAUUGUCGCAACAUUAGAAAAAAAAAGAGUUGCUCGACUUGCGAAAGAAACACGUCAUGCAGAUUGUUUAUUACAGGAAUUUAGGAGUGUUCACGAAAAAGUAGAAUGUGUACAGAAUGACUCACUUUACUCCCUUUACUCAAAACUUCCUGGACUCUAUUCUUUUGUCCAUCGACAGUAAAGAUCCGGUGGUGGCGAAUGCAUGGCUGGACACGUUAUUAGACGUUAUUGACUUGCUACCCAUAGAGGUGCUGGGUAAAGAAGUGCUGGAAAUAGCAGUCAGUAAAGCUGGAGAUUCACAGCCUACGUUUUCCAGACUUGGUAGCUGCCAGCUGGUGGGAAAGCUGGGAAUGAAAUUGGAACAACAAGUGAUCCAAGAGGAGUUGAUCCCAGUAACUCAAAAUCUAAGUCAAGAUGCCGAGUGGACCAUUAGGGCUUCCAUGUGUGCACAACUGGUUUCAAUCAUCAAGGGUUUAACAAAAAAUGGAGAAAAUUCUGAAGCCAAAAUUCCAGUCAGGGUCGUUCUUUCUGUUUUGUUUGAGCUGGGGGAUGAUGAAGUUGAGGCAGUAAGACUUGUAGUGGUAGAGACUGCCUCAGCAAUCUUGCAAUACUUAGAUGAAGAAUCUGUUAGAACACUGGUGGUUCCUUGGCUUCAGAGACUAUGUGAGCAUGCAUCAAAAGUAGAAGACAAAACCUUACCCCUACUAGCACAGCAUUGGGCUAGAAUUUCGAGAACAAUUCUAAGCCAUUUAAGAGAAGACGAAAAGGGCUGGUUCGUCGAAUAUUUCUACAGUCUAGCAUCUCUUGGAUCAGCUCACCAAACAAUCAAAGACAAAACCAACAUGCCCGAUGUUGUUGCGCAGACGGACGCGGGCUCGAAGCUAGAGAUCUAUGCGGAAGUCAGACACGCUUGCGCUGUUAAUAGUGCAGCUAUGGUGCCUUUUAUCGGUGCGGAAGCAUUCUCUCAGCGGAUAUCCAGUAUACGUGCCUUAGCAGCCGAUCCUUAUUUUGUGGUCCGACGAGCCGUAGCUGCAAAUAUCCUGGAUUUAUGCCGUCAACUCCACCCUUAUAGUAGUGUCAUCCAUUCGCUUCUCAACCAGUUGUUAAUCGAUCCAUGCCCGGACGUCACGUUCGCCCUCGUUCCACAAAUUGGAGCCGUUAUUGAAAAUCUGGCUCGUCUACCUUUAACUCAUCAGAGCCCAUUUGUUAGCGAAGUUGUUGUUUUGGAAACGUUUGAAGCUGUGCUUCGCUGCGAAGAACAAGUGAUGAAUUCAUCCUCCUGGCGGAUGCAAGCCGAUAUCCUCUCGCAGCUAGCUGCCUUCCCGUUGUGCCUUCCGUGUCACGCUGUUCACGACUUACUCAUCCCACGUCUCUGGCAUAGAAUCGACACAGUGCGUCCAUUACCUUGUCGUGUAUCGGCUGCCCAAACGUUGAUGCUGUGUGUCCGGAGUGAACGUCGCCGUCAGGAGAGAUCCAAUUUAUGUAGCGACAUCCUCACACGAUUGGCAUCUGCUAAAUCGUGCCAUCACCGGAUGCUCUUUCUACGCGUCUGUCCCAUUCUCUUUGAUCUCCUCUCGAGAAAAUUCAUCCGCCAGCAUUUCUUCCUCCCGCUCAUCCGAUUAGCGGGUGAUAAAGUAGCAAAUGUCCGGCUACGAUUCGCUAUGUUGUUACCCAAAUUGCACAUUUCCCUGCGUGGGCUGGACGUUGAAUCGGAGAAGCGACUCAUUGUCGAGCUGGACUCGGCCGUCCGUUGGCUUGUCGAGUCGGAAAAAGACCGUGACGUCAAAAAUGAAUUGUCCAGUUUUUUCCGCUGGAUCGAGGAACAAGAAGCGCAAAAUCAGACGGCCGAAGUGGCCAAACGUUUGCAAGAGGAAGAGGAAGCGGAUAAACGUAAAGAAGCGGAAGAAGAGAGCGUGAAUUGUGAUCCAGUCGUGACGGACACAUCCAACACCUCCACCAAAUCAACAGUCAGUUCUGGCCGUCCCAAUUUCUUCUCUAAGGACGAACCGGAUUCUACUACACCCAUCCAAUCAACACCGCAAGCUACUCCACCUGACGAAAGGCCAGUCGCCCUGGACCCGAGCACGGACGAUUUUUACCGCGAUGCUGGAGUCCGGCUAACCGCACCUGGCACGAACAACAAUGUGGAAUCGAUAAAGAAUGCGACAAGCAAAAAUGCGACGACACACGACCCUUCCCGAAUUCCAUCGGUACAAUCGAGAUUGAGACCUCCGUUGAAGACGACGACCAUGUUGCCACAUUUCGGCAUUGCUCGCGGUGUCCAGCAAGUUCAACCUCAGCCGAGCAUCGCGUACGGUGUGACUGUAGCUCCGCCAAUGAGACGCGAUGUCCAUCGGCGUCCGUCCGCAUCGACCCAGUCGUUAAACGCGGUCAAAUCUCGUUCGCAAGAGAAUUUGAAUGUGCCCCCGAAGCCUCGAGCUGCCCGUCCAAUGUCCACUUGUUUGGGUUCCAAUGAUCUUCUAUCGACGAGCAAACAUCACAGUCCGUUUAUUCGCAAUCGCCACAGGGCCAGCAUAGGUGGAACAGCUUCGAUAGCGUCGCAUAAAAAUGUGGCCCUUCCAAUUGCCACGUUGCCGCCGAGCAGGAGCUCAGAAUCCGGCCCGUUCAAGUGGGGCGUUAGUCGCCCGUCUUCCUCCACAAAGACGACCACAUCCACCACUGGCUCUGUCAAACUAUCGGACAUGAAAAAUGCCCUGCCCGUCACGCCUGGCCCGUCUAGAAAACAGUCGAACGAAUUCCAAUUGAGCCGUUCCAAGAAGCCGAUCGAAACGGCCGGAUCGAAUAAACCGGCCGAACGAUUGGAAGACGCUGCCAUUGAGAUGAUGGAAUCCCUGGAAUUAUCUAGCACUCGACUGCGCAAGCCUCAAACGGCUAUUGGUCGGUUGAUAACGACGCAAUCAUCGGGCAGCAGCGGGACGACGACUCAUCCAGCGGAAGCGUCGCCAAUGCCACGCCGUCCUGCUUGGCGUCGUUCGUUGCAUUUCACGACGGCCACAUCAUCGCCGCCGCCUCCGCCGCCUCGUAAGAAUUUCGCUACGCUUCCAAAGUCGUCUGCCAAUAAUAACAAUAACAACAAUAACAAUAAUCUUCAUCACAAUCCUAGCAGCAAACUACCCGUACCUGCCUUCAAGCGCAACUCACAUUUAGGUUCGAAUUUUUGAAAUCCAAGUCGCCUUACACAAAUGAACAUCGGUUGUGGUUUAAUCAGUAUUGAUAAAAAAAAAAAAAGCCUUUUUUUUUUUUUAAGGGGGGUUUGUCUUCGGGAAGGCAGCCAAAAAAUUCGCUUGUUAUAUUUUUUAUCACGCAAUUAUUUUUAGUCCCCCCGUUCUUUGACACACGUAUUAUUUUGGCACGUUGAAAACAAAAACAAGUUACUACUACUACUACUCUUCCCUUCUCC